GCGAGUCCCACUGUCAUCAGUUGCUCCUUCAAGCAAUUCGACAAUAGCACAGCUCACAGCUAUUUAGCACAACAAAAACAACAACAAAUCAGUUGACAUGGCCAAAUUCGCUACCGCUUUAGUUUUCGUCGCUCUCGCAGCCUUCGCCAUGGCUGAUGGCCCAUAUUCCUAUGAACGUCCCUACGAGUCCUACGGAGAGAAAAAAGGAUACGAUGCUUCCCCUGACUCCUACCACAAGAAAGAUAGCUACGGUUAUGGUGCCUCCCACGAUGACUACGGAUACAACAAGAAGCCAAGCCACUACGAGGCCGUCCCUUACUAUUCCGGCAAAAAAGAUUACUACACUUCCCCUUACGACUACAACAAGAAAGAUAGCUACGGUUAUGAUGCCCCCUUCCCAGUCACCUAUUACAAGCCCAGCACCGGCUAUGAAUCCCCCUCAUACGGUUACAGCAAAUACGAGAAACCCAAGUCUUACGGCGGCUACUCACCAAACUAUUAAAUCGUUCCACUGACCCAUCAUCAGUUAUUGACCCUCCCUGACGUAUUCAAAUUCCUAGGAUGUUUUUGGCAUUUAGUGUAUGUAUUAUUGUGUAUACUAUAAGAUGAGUUUGAAAGUUUCUGUGAAUGUCGAACGAAUAACUAAUAAAACAACUUUUUCUAAAAUAAAA